CCGCGAGACAGCGCGCGCGCGCGCGCGGCGGGUUUGUAACUUUUGUGUGAUUUUCCGGCGGCGGGUCGACCUCCUCUCUCUCUUGGCCACCGGCGUCAGGUAGCGAAGCCGGGCGAAGCGGCAAGCUCGCAGUUGCGUACGGAGCGCGGCAAGAUUCGGGACGUCCGAUGAAACGUACGCUCGAGACGUACGCCGUGUGGCAUGGCUUCGUGACUCGCGCGUCUCUCCUGUUCCGGCGGUGCAACUUGCGGGAACACACGGAUUCACCCACGUGCUAGAUUUGACAUGAAGAGCGGCGGCAACCGCAUCGCCGUCAGCAGCGCUAUCCAGCAGGUGGCAACAACAUUCCUUCAGCGACGCCGGGGUUGAUUGAGCUUGUGACAGCUGCGGCAGGAUAUACGGUGGUGUCGUCGACGCGCCACUUCUUCGUCUUGAUGGAUACCCAUCGGCGGCUUGCGACCGAAUCGCCGGUGUCAUUCACCUAAACGAGUCGCCGUACUAUACUACUACGCUUGCCGUUCGCCUGUGCUUGACACUUCGCCGCCGCAGAUCGACAGACCUCGCUGGAUUGUCGGAGCGUCCCAUGUGGUUGAUGCGUUAUGAGUGUUGUUGAGUGCGACUGCGUGUGAUUGUUGUGCGCGACGCAGCCCUUCUCUGAUGCGUGGCGGUGAGUACUGUGAUGUGUGCGUGCCGGCUGGAAGGGAUGCAGCCGACGACCGGCGCUAGUCACUCGCCCAUGCUUGGCGAACUCGAGGAUUACUUGCACGAGAUCCGGGGCCGGGACGUCGUGCCCGACGAUGACGAGGCGGACCCCGGCGACGUCUACUCUCAGCUGGCGCAGAAGGAGAAAGACCUUCUGCUGGCAGCCGAGAUCGGCAAGGAGCUGCUCGAGCGAAACUCGGACCUCAGCCGCCAGAAUGAACGACUCACCGAGGAGUACUCGAGGAAGCUCGAGGUGCUGGAGCAGGAGAAGCACGCCCUGCGCCGCAAGCUGGAGUCCCUGUCGGGCGAGAGCGACAGCCGGCUGGCCGAGCUGCAGGCCGACCUGGCGCAGGCCAGGCAGCAGCUGGCCGACCAGCAGGAGCUGCUGCGGGCGCUCGAGAAAGAGCGCGGCGCGCUCGUGCACGAGAUGAGCGACCAGAACCAGCGGCUCGCGCAGGAGCUCAAGGCGGCGCGCAGGGCCGAGGACCAGGCUGCGGGACAGUACCGCAGCCUGCGGCAGCAGCUGUCGCUGCGACGCUCCAGCCUGGACGACCACGUGGCACAGCUGCAGGGACUGCGGGACGAGAUUACGCUUCUGUCGGAGCGCAAGGCCGAGCUGGAGCGGCGCAUCUCGGCACUGGUUGACGAGCGCGAGAGCCUGAGCCUGUCCCUCGAGGAGUCCGGGGACCGCAUACUGCUGCUGGAGAAGCAGAGGCACGAGUACGAGACGCAGAUCCGGCAGCAGCAGCGGGACAUGGAGGAGCUGCGCAUCGCCAACGGCCAGCUGCAGGACCGCAUGGACGCCCUGCAGAGGCAGCGCACCUCCUCUCCCCUCCUCAACGGCCUGCUCAACAGCACGGGGGGACAGCGGUCGCUCUUCAACGAGAUCGAGAUGUCGUCUAGCUCCUCGGCCGACGACGAGGCCGGCAGCACGGGCCGCCGCAGCCGACAGCCCUCGCAGCUGGGCUCUUCGUCGGCGGGCUUUCCGGGGGACUUCGACGAGAUCGAGUGCGACGACUGCGACCUGGCCACCGAUGAGGACAAGCAGCUUCGGCAGGAGCUGGCGCAGGCCGUGCAGGAGCUGCAGCGGCUCGCGUCCGAGCUCCGGCGGCAGAGGGAGAGCAGCUCGGUCAACUCGGACAGCGGAGUGCCCCCGUCGCCACAGGAGCUCGACCCGAGCGAAGUGAGCGCCCACAUGCUGCAGGCGGUGGUGGCCGACCUCAGGGCGCUGCUGCACGACAUGCUGGCCGGCGGAGCGGCCGUGUGCCAGGCGUGCCAGGCAGCGGCCGAGCGCGCCCGCGAGGAGGCCGAGCUUCGGCGCGAGCUGGCGGACAAGAGCGACGAGCUGCGCCGUCGCAGCGCCGACCUGGCCGAGGCCCAGCGGCAGCUGGCGCUUCGCGACACCGAGCUGCGGGCGCUGCACGAGGAGCGGGACAGGCUGCGCGACGACGUGGGCAGCAGCCGCAUGGCCAAGGACGAGAUCGUCAAGAUGGCGUGGAACACGCGGGACCAGGCCGUCGCCAGGAAAAACAACACGGAGAUUGAACUGGCCAAGACCCGCAUCGAGCUGAUGCACAUCAACAGCCAACUAAUGGAGGCCAUCCAGCAGAAGGUGGAACUCUCCCAACAGCUGGAGCAAUGGCAGGUGGACAUGCAGUCCCUGCUGGAUGAGCGUGUCCAAAAACAACUGCGGAGCCAGGAGGCUGAGGACCGUCGACGAAAGGCACAGGCAGCUGCAGCCAACGGUGCCUCCGCGUCACCGCAGCAGAAGACACCCAGCAAGGGGGGCAAGCUGUUUGGACUGUGGAAGAAACAGCAGACCCCUCAGACGCCCCAGUGAGCCCCCCGUUGGGACUCUGUGUGCUGUGCCCUACACCUCUCUCCCCUGCGCUCAUGAACUGACCACAGAAGUGCCAGUAAACUGCGGUCUCCAGUGUCCGCUGCCAUUCAAGAGAUCUUGAAACCCGCCUUGUUCCCCUAUUUGGGGAAGAGACUGGAAAAACCCUUGAGCAUACAUUUCUCAUCUCAUCAAUGUCAUCGUUGCGUUGAUGUCGUGCGCAGACGCUUUAUUUUUGUGUUGCUCUCGUGUUGUGCACACCGACGCGAGAAUUAGAAUAUUGUUGUUGGUCGUCAAGUGCGUUGUUGCGUGUCACACAUUUUAGCACUCUUUACUGAUGCAGACCUUCUCUCAUUUCUGGUGCUCUGCAAGCAGACUUUGGGAUGUUGCCUGUAGACUGUCUCGUAGUCGAGUGAGAGAAUGUUAUAUGCCACGGGAAAGGCUUCUGAGCGCUCAGUCAGUGGGUUUUAUCCCUAACUGCACAUUAUAUUUAUGUGCGAUAGAAUUGUUCAGGCAGCAAUACUGAAAUGUAUGAUUUACGAAGAGUCUAAUAUAUGCACUAGCUGUACUGUUGCUGUUUUAGAAUUCAGAAAUGAACACGCUACCUUGGGUAAAAUGCGUAUGAGCAAACAAUCAUGCAAUGUUCUCCAAUGAUGCCUUACUUCAGAGGAAUACACUUGUUGAGCAAUUUUAAUUUAUUUCUAAUUAUUUCAGCGGUUCUUUAAUUCAUUGUCGCUGCUGCUUUUCUCUGGUACUGAUUGCCAAUUAGCACAACUAUAAUAUAAUUUAAGUAUCCUUGAUUGUGACGCUUAUACAAUUCAACACUGCCAUGCAAAUGAUUUGCUACCUUGCAGAAUCUAUUUCAACGUUAAAAUUUCUUCACUUAUGUGGUUUCUGCAACAUAGUUGUAGACCAUGUUAAACUGAUUUAAAUAGUGCUUUUUUAUUUACAGAAAACGUUGCGUAUACUCACCAAGAACUAAAGUUUAUGUAUGCUGUGUGGUCAAUUAUCAGAUUAUUUUCAAACCCAGCGGUAUUGAGUCUUUUAAGCGCAGGUUAAAUGUGACAUUCAUAGAAACGCACAAUGUGUAUUUGCUUUUUCGUGCAUACAACAAUCCUUUCUCUAGCGCGCCGAAUCGCAGUGUACUACAGAAUCCCUAGGAUAGAUAUGAGUCAUCGUUGUCGCUAUAGCAUAUUUACAAAACGUUGCCAGGCCUUGGUUCAGCCAAAGGGUCCUUACAGGUGCCAGUGCACUUGUUGACCUUUUGAUGGCACAUGCUGUUGAUAUUUACAAUGUACAUAUUAAAUGAUAGUUGCAACUUCUCAAGGACAUCAAUCUCUUUCCAAGAUCUGUGUGUAAAUAUGGAGUUCUGUUCGAAGCUUUAUUAGAAACACUUUGCAGUGGUGACUAGGGUGUUUGAUGCUUGGCUGCAAAGGUACACACGUAUUUCUCCUCCAGAGGACAGUGUGGGCUUUGUUCGAUCACUUUAAGCUAAUAUGCAGCAAAGUUUGUGCAUGUAGUUCUUGUUCACUGAAGCCAUAAACAUUUUUCUGGCUGUUUGCAUCAAGUCUCUUGUGGCCUAAAAAUCAUGUGCCUCUUAUGUGCAACGAUGUAUUGACUGAGGUUGAGUACAUGUAAUGGGAUUCAUUGUGUGCCCAUUGCCCACAACUGGGCACUAGCAAUGUGUGGCACAUGCACAUGUGGGACCAGCUAUUGUCCUCGAAACACUCCAGCAGAAUUUCCAUUCAAGUACUGGGUAGGCAUCGUACAACACAUCAGCAAAAAUUUCUCAUCUAGCCACAAGUGCUGCAUUAAGUGAAUGGAGAUGUUUUCAGCUGCAGUUUAGCAGUCUUGUAGAAUGUUCCUUUGGCUGUUGAAUUUCAUUACUUUCAAAGGUUCGUGCUUAACAAUUGCUGUUCGAGGUACUGGCAUUUUAAACUCUUGCCACCGUGCAUGAAGCAACUGGUAUCACAAACAGAAAAUUGUUAUUUUGCACCAUACACCACCAGUUCUCACUAGCAAUAAAUUCAAGGCAUGUGGGCAAAAAAAAAAACAAAGAAAAACCUUUGCUAUGCAGAGCUCUGCUAAACAUAUCAGGGCAUUUCAUUUAAGUGCAUUUGCUUUUUCAAGCAUCCGUUAGUGCUUUAAGACCCAGUCUACCUUUGAGAAUAGCAUGAAUCUGUAGCAAAAGUGACUUUUCUUUGCAGCAUUUUGACUUUAGAGUUACGUGCUUUUACUAGCUUGACAAUUUUCUUGCGUUUCUGUCAAUUUGUCAGUGUCGGCUUCCGUUUCUUGCGUCACAAGAUAGUGCACAAAAUCAUCAUCGAGCACAGUUUGCAGUAGCUUACCUAGCCACACUAGCUAUUUUGUCUCCGUGUUUUCCUACACCUUUGGCUUAGCCUGUUGUUUCCCAGCUUCACAACCACCUGUUUCUCAUACAAGCUUUUGUACAACUGUACAUACAGUCUACUGUGGGAUACCUUCGUGCGUGUAUGAAGGCAUCACUUGUGUUUGUUUUAUCUAAGUCAGUGAAAGGAUAACGUGCUGAUAGAGGCCUUUAUUUUGUAUGUACAAUAUGGACAAAAGAUUUCACGACGCUGCGUGGCUUUUGUGCAGAUAGAAAUCUGCAAGUGAAAUAGCUAUCGAGAGGACAAAUCCCAAUCAAGUGCCAACGGGUACUGAAAAAAAAAAAACAGCUUGCAGUGAGCAUUAGGUAAACAUUCGUAAAGCAAUAGCAAAUUAACGUAGUAUUUCUUGACGAAAUGGGAAACAAUUGAUGCUACAGAUGUAGUAUUGAGUGUAUCUGCUCAAGGAUUGAGCUAACUUUUGGUACCUACCACAAGUGCAGACAAAGUGCCUGCAUCACUUAAGAAAAUUUUAAAUGCUCGCUUUGAGCCCUCAGAAUAACCUUUUUUUGAAAAUUGCUUUCAACUUUAAAAGAGCAAAUUCAGUUUAGAAAAGGUGAAGUUUGGGUAGGCUGUUCGAAAUAAGCCUUAAAAUGUAAAAAAAAAAAAAGUUUCUUUGUUGGGGCCCCUAACCAUGGUCAACUUGCAAAUAACCCCAGCACCCAAAUUGCUAUGACCUUUUAAUGACCAACCAUAACCUAGUGCUGCUGCUACAGACAGCGCUGUGGUCGUGUUGAACUCACUGCUGAUUAGGACAUGCGAGCAAACAACCAAAUUCAGAGUUGAUUUUGCAUACGUUUAAAUAUGUGCAUGCACAUGACUGCAAAACAGAAAAGUGUGCACUGUUGUGAAAUAAAAGAUGUCACAUUCAUGUUUGCAUGGCGAGAA